AAUGUAAAAAAAAAAUCAACUUUCGUGAGAAGGAAGGAAGGAGGGUGGAAAUGGAAUCAGAGAGUCGAUAGAGAAUCUCGAACGACCUCACCUUCUCACCACACCACACCACACCAGCCUGGGUUUCUCUCUCUCUUUUUAAUUGGUUGAAUAAGUCAAAGUCAAAUUGAAGUUGUAUGAUUGAUUUGAUCAUACGAAAUGGUUGGAAUCUGAGAAGGAGAAGAAGAAGAAGUAUAUAUGUAUGCGCCUAAUUAAGUUUUUGUUUUAUUAUAUGUGUCUAGUUGCUUUGAUAUAGGUUUGGUGUGCAGACGAUAAAUAAAUUUAAAUCUCUAAUUGGUUUGGUUAGAAGAAAGCAGCAGAAGAAGCAUCAAAAAUCAAAUCAAAAUUGGUUCUUCUUCUUCUUCUUCUUCUUUCCGUCUCUCAGUUUGUUGGGCUCUCACUUUCUCUUCAGUUCCGAUUUCGGUUGGGUUUGACUUCACUUGAAGCAACCUCUCUUCUUUUAAUGUCCUGACCUGAAUGAUGAUGCAUUUGAUUGUAUCAUCACAAGACCCGAAUUCGCUUUUUAAAAUCAAUUCAUAAUCAAUCUGCCAUAUGAAGAAGUCGAAUUUGGGAUUAGGGUUUUUGUUGUGCUUGUCAAUUCUGGUUUCUCAACAAGCCAAUGGACUCAGACCCAUCAGAGACACCUCUCGAUCCUGGGGAGAUCAGUUGCUCUUUGGUAAAAAAGAAGUAAGCAGCGGACCAUCCGGACCAUUUUCCGCUUGGAAUAUUACAGGAACAUACAGAGGCAACUGGAAGUUUCAAGAUACUGUAAAUAGCUCUUCCAAAUUCCCUGACUUCCGUAAUCAAUUUGGCAACUCUGUCAUCGACUUAUUCACUACUCCUACUAAGAUUACUGGUGUCCAUUAUGUUCAGGGUGCUGUUGUUUUCCAUGACGUUUUUGACAAUGAACACAAUGUGGGUGGUGCCCAAAUUAAAGUCGAAGGUGUUUAUAUCUGGCCCUUCCGACAACUCCGUCUUGUUGCUAACAGCGGAAAGAAUGGUGGUGAUUCAGGCCUUGAAGAUGAUUAUCUUCUCUCCAACCCCUAUCAUCUGCUCGGCAUUUUUUCCACUCAAGUUCUUCAAGAAUCUCCAAGAGACAGAAUGAUGUCUAAACAAAAGGCUUCUCCAAUACAUGAGAUGGAGAAGCAUUGUAAUAUCGAAAUAGCAGCUCAGAUUUCCCGAGCCUCUUCUACUGAAAACAGUGGGGACAAAGAUUAUUUUCACAUUGAAGGAUUGAUGGAAAGUCCUGCAGUAGACGACGACGACGGAGAUUGUUUCUCCCCCUUGUUGCUGAAUGCAACCUCCAUAAACGUUGAAGUCUACUACAACAAAGCUGUCAACUAUACAUUGAUGGUCACUUUUGUCUCCUUCCUCCAGGUUCUUUUGUUGAUUCGGCAAAUGGAGCACAGUAACACACAAUCCGGUGCUGCAAAGGUCUCCAUUGUAAUGAUAGGGCAACAAGCCAUCAUGGAUUCUUAUCUAUGCCUUUUACAUCUUACUGCCGGGAUUUUAGUUGAAUCAUUGUUUAACGCGUUCGCAACAGCUGCCUUCUUCAAGUUUGUAGUGUUCUCGAUAUUUGAGAUGAGAUAUCUUCUGGCCAUAUGGAAAGCAACCAGGCCUUCAAACAGCGGUGAGGGCUGGGAGACAAUGAGGCGUGAGCUCUCCUUUCUCUACAGCCGUUUCUAUGGAAUCCUUCUUGGAGGCAUAUUGAUAAUGUAUGAGCUCCACAACUACAUGCGCUGGGUCCUCCUUCUCAUGUACUCAUUUUGGAUUCCGCAGAUAGUCGCAAACGUUGUUCGUGAUUCUAGAAAGCCUCUGCACCCUUAUUAUAUCUUGGGGAUGACGGUCACACGGCUUGCCAUACCCUUGUAUGUAUUUGGAUGCCCCAAGAACUUCAUGCGUGUAGAGGCCAGCAAAGCCUGGUGUAUAGGCCUGUGCGCAUUCAUCGGGUUUCAAGCUGCUGUUCUUCUUCUUCAGCAUUAUUUUGGGUCGCGUUGCUUUGUUCCUCGGAAGAUGUUACCUGAGAAAUACAACUACUACAAAAGAUUAGAUCAUGAUGUAAACAGAAGCAGGGACUGCGUAAUAUGUAUGGCCACAAUUGAUCUAAGGCGGCGCACCAAUGAUUGCAUGGUAACGCCAUGUGAGCAUUUAUUCCACUCGGGAUGCUUACAGAGAUGGAUGGAUAUAAAGAUGGAGUGCCCAACAUGUCGUCGCACACUUCCUCCAGCUUAAGGACUUAUGAGGAUCAUCUCUGCUUCGGUCAUCUAUUAACUUCACCCACAUUAAUUGCAGGUAACUGUUGAAAAUCCCAGCUGAGGGUUCUGUGGAUUGACUAAUCUGGUUUGUUUUGUUCCAUGUCUUUUUGGAUGAUGUCUCUGGAAACUGAAAAAGACAUGUUGGGGUGGGUGCUUCUUUGGUUUCAGGUCUUGGGAAGAGAUUAGAAGAAUACAAAACAGGGAUAGAAUCUGUAGAGACGUAUUUUGUAUGAAUGAAUUGUGUAAAAUCUCCUAUCCAGUCUCAUUAGUGCAAAUAUUCUUUUGGCCAUUAUUUCAGCAAAACCCUUUGGAUUCUUCAAUAUAAUACAAACAAUCAUUUACCUCA